AAUCCAACGCAGACAUGGAACUAGAGGAGACAAAACAGGAAGUCCCCACCACCAAACCUAGGGGUGUGGUCAGCUCUCUUUUUCACCAGGCUGCAAAUUUUGUUGGAUCUAGAUUGCCUUUUGAGGCUGUAGAACUGUGGGCUCAGCGAAUAGACAAGAAAAUGAGCGACGAAGUUCAGCUAGCUGUCAUGAAGGCGUCUUUCCCCGUUGACAAAGGUCUCAUUAGACGUUACGCUUACGUUUCUUCGAAAGCUAGUGGGUACGCUGGAUUUUUUGACCUGUUGCUGCAACGAGAGGAAAGUACACAACAGACAGAUCGAUUUGUUGUAAAAGAUGCAAUGCAAAUUGGAUUUUGUUUGACUGGAAAAAUUGAACGAUGUACUCGUUAUGAGAGAAGUGGGGAAGAGAUAGCAGCGUUUGUGUAUUUCGGCCGUCAGCGUGUUACCUCGAUGCUGUGUUCCGAACAUUCUGACUCCAAUUGGUGUCCGCACGUCGUAGCGCUUAUGUUUUACCGUAUGGAUUAUCCUGAAAAGGUCCAAUAUCGUUUGCCAGUGUCUGACUCUGUUCAACUUCUUUCUGAAAUCGAGCAGAAGCAAUUCAUCAACAUGCUGCUAGCACAUCAUCCUUUGGAUCUCUUGGCCUUUGCACAAAACAGUUUAGACGAUCUGUUGAAGAUGAAGGACAGCAACAAAGUUACUAGUCAAAGCAAAGCCUUGUUUGACAAUUCAGUCGUCAGCGUGCAAGAUCCAACUGCAGGCGAGGCAGUAGAUGCCGAAGGUGUAUGGAGUAUGGAUGAGGAAGAAGUUCGUCGAUCUUCAAAAAAAUUCUUUCGUAAGGAUAUUGCUCUUGGCUUUUCUGAUUCAUCAGAUCGAUACGAAGAGAUGUCUGAAUCUUGGGUAUAUAUUCUACGAAGAUCAAUGGCCAGCAGCGAUUCAUCCGUUUUAUCAAUAUUUGAUAAUAGCGGUUUUGAAAAAGAGAGAGCGUCAUCGUACUUUUUUGCUAAAGAUAAUGAAACGAUGCUUCAGGUUAUUAUCGACUUGAUUAAACGAGGAGAGAAAAGCGCAAUUGCAGCGCUCGAUAUUAUUACUGAAGAAUGGCUAGAAGCAUUAGCGAGAAAGGCUAUUGGUAAAGAAGGCAUGACAUCAAAGAACGCAGCGUGCAAAAGUAUUGAAAGGAUACCUCAAAUUCAAUCACAAUUGCCACGUCGAGCAAAAAAUGUUGGAUUUCUUUUGCCACAUGGGCCUUUCUUUUUUCCUGACAAGCUGGCAGUCAGUUGGAGAAGAGCAGCGUUUGCAGUAAUUUUUGAUGACGAUUUGUUAUUAUCGAUUCGACGGAAACUGCUUGAUUUAGCUGGGAAGCUUAACAGCAUUGUUUCUGCCGCUUUCACCAACAUCGAAAAAGAGAGCAGACAACAGUCUGAGAACAUACAAACAAGAUGCUCUACACAGACAGACAGAGUCUUCUGGGAUAGCGUAUUAGAUUGGAACAGAUUUCAACACAUAGCAAACUUUAUUAAUCCUUUUGUUUGUAAACUGUUUAAGACUUUGUCAAAGAAUGUCAUUUCUGUAAGGAAAUCUCCUGUUUUGGUAUCGACUUUUGAUGCAUUUGAAGUUCUCUACACGACGGCUUACAUUGUGUUAUGUCUAAUGGACAACGGAAUGGACGAAGUUGCUGAAAUGCUAGCGAAGACUUGCAUUAUGGAAACUUUCGCUCCAGUUUUAUCAAUCACUCAUUACGCAGAAGAUGCUGCUUCAGAUAAAGAGCUGGAUUCAGUAGGAAAACAUGAACUGUUUUCUACAAUAGCUCAAUGUAAUGCUGAGCUAUUUUGGAAUGGAAAUUGUCAAAAUGGUUUGCUAAAUGUUUUAAAUAUUUUCUUCAAUGCUAUUCAAGAAAAAUCGUGGGCUUGGUCUGUAAGAUAUACAUGGAAUGUGGCACCUUGGAUUGACCAAACGUUUGCCACACGCUUACAAGAGAAUAAAAUGAAUUCAACACUGAAUGUCGUGAGCUUAGAAGCACCUGCAGCUAUGAUUCUGGGACUGUUGUGCGUUGUUUUGGCAAUAGACAUUGAGAGCAUUUCAUCAAUUCAGCAAAGGCAAUAA